AUGACAAGCUGCUCGUCCUUAACAAUAGCAAUCGACGCUGUUGUCCCGCUAUCCAUCCCACAUUGCGCAGAAUUAAGCGCCGCGGUCACUUCUUCAAACGCCUCCCGGACGACCGUCUCCAAGUCUGCGCUUUGGUCGUCCAUGAGUUUCCGGUCAAUCGCGAAGUUCAUCCUUUCCGAGGCUAGGGCGCUAGCUUGCUCGCCCUGUGGCCCAUGUCCAUCGAACACGCCGAUUAGGAAGACACCAGGUAGCCGCCUCGGAUUUCUCCUUCUGCGCAUCGUAUGGAAGGCUGUGACGUCUGGGCGCAUGGUCCUGCAUGCGCUAUCCUGA